AUGAUCCGUCACAGAUUGCGUUGUUUAAAUGCAAUCAUCGUUAUCUUAUUUGUAGGGUUUUUUAUGAUUUAUUUACAAACUCCAUAUCUAAGUGCUAGUGAAAACUUUGAACGUUCACGAUACGAUGCUCCAGAAAAAGAUUCAGUCUCUGAACAAGAUGAUCAAAAAUUUGAAUUGGGAUGGACGUUUCGAACUACACCGUUACCUUUAAGUAAGGAAGAAAUUAUCCGUUCCAUUGAGUUUCUUAACGCAAACUAUGAGAUUCUGAAUACGGAUAAGCAUAUUCAAUUGCAGAGUGUAGAAAUUGUACUGGUUGUUCAAGUCCAUAAUCGUAUCGAAUAUUUGAAAGAGUUGAUUGCUACCCUCAAAGAUGCCCGAUAUAUUGAAACUACGUUGCUAAUUUUUAGUCAUGAUUAUUCGUCUGCCCUUAUAAACAAACUAAUUACAGGGAUAGAUUUCUGUUUAGUUAUGCAAAUAUUUUAUCCAUACAGUAUUCAAUUGUUUCCAGAUGUUUUCCCUGGGCGGGAUCCUUUGGAUUGUCCAGAAAAGGCAAAUAAGCAAGAAGCAGCUUUUCUGAAAUGUAAUAAUUGGAAAAAUCCGGAUAAAUAUGGACAUUUUCGUGUUGCGAGGUUAACACAAAUCAAACAUCAUUGGUGGUGGAAGAUGAAUUACAUAUUCGAUGGGAUAUUGAAGCAAUAUGCAUUAACAAAGGCAUGGGUAAUAUUACUGGAGGAAGACCAUUAUGUUUCGCCAGAUUUCUUACAUGUUAUGCGCCUGAUUGUGGACAAUAAAUCGAGUUUCUGCGCGGAAUGUCAAGUGAUAAGCCUUGGAUUAUAUCUUAAGCAGUACAAUAAUUUUAAGACCAAUUUGAAUCGGCUAGGUAUUCAUCCGUGGUUUAGUUCAAAACAUAAUAUGGGAAUGGCUAUCAAUGUAGACACAUGGGAACUUAUCAAAAAUUGCACAGAAUUGUUCUGUAAAUACGAUGACUACAACUGGGAUUGGUCGCUAUUGCGCGUUAGCAUGAAGUGCUUGCCUGCAAGAUUGAAAGUUAUUGCUGUUAAAUCUCCUCGUGUUAUACAUAUUGGUGAUUGUGGUAUACAUACUCACCGUUGCGCCGUCCAUAAUGCUGCUGCAUUGGCUGCGGAACUUUUUAGUAGUUCGGCGGACUCAUUGUUUCCGAAAAAAAUGAUAGUGGCAGAGAAUCUGAAGCGAACAUUAAAACCUUCGAGGGAGAACGGUGGUUGGGGUGAUAUACGAGACCAUGAAUUAUGUCUCAAUAAUUCGCAUGUACCUGAUCUUUCUGCUUACGACUUUUAUUUAAAUAAUCUGGCAGGCAACAAUAAUUAUACGUAUAUCAGCCAUCCUCUCAUUUUUCCUGUCUAA